AUGGCGGCUGGAUGGAGGCUGAUCCCCCCCUGUGCGCGCAGCGACGAGCCCGUGUUGGAAGAGGACGAGAUCACCGAAUUCUACGAGCCCGAAGUUCCCGAGGACGAGGAUGCCGAGCACUUGAACGGCGACGACCAGGACAACGUGGUCAUCUCUGGAGAUCCAUCUGCAGCCGCAAACGCCUCCAAGGACAAGUCCGUCAAGAACAAGAAGAUUCCCGACGACCAGCGCACGACAACGCCGUACAUGACGAAAUACGAGAGAGCGCGCAUCCUGGGCACGCGCGCCCUGCAAAUCAGCAUGAACGCGCCGGUGCUGGUUGACCUCGAGGGUGAGACGGAUCCUUUGCAGAUUGCGAUCAAGGAGCUGCGCGAGAAGAAGAUUCCCUUGAUUGUGCGACGAUAUAUGCCUGAUGGAUACUACGAGGACUGGACCUGCGAAGAGCUCCUUCAGUAG